AAAAAAAUUAAAUCACUCAAAGGGGCGUUGACUUGGCGUUGGUCGUAUUGUGAUAAAAACAGUUCGUACCGUGGGAAACCUUGAUGCAUCGGAAGCGAGUUCAGUUCUUGAUAGAACAUCAGCACCAACGCAACGCAAAGGUUUAAACGGUAGCAACAUGAUCAAGAUUACUGUGGUGGCCAUCGCCCUGCUGGGCGCUGCUCUUGCUUACGAACAGCAUGGAUUCAUCAGCGAAGUUAAACACAUCCCGUACAAGUGGUACGGUGGUAUCCAGAGCGGAAUCGGCGGCGGUGGAUUGGAAUACGGCGGUUAUCAGGGUGGAAUCGGCUUGGGCGGUGGUUCGAUCGGUGGAGGAUGGGAAGGCGGCUGGAAGCAAGGUGGUGAAGACUACUACUCGUAUCCAAAGUACAAGUACGAGUACGGAGUGAAGGACUACAAGACGGGCGAUCACAAGAGCCAAUGGGAGGCACGUGAUGGAGAUGUCGUCAAGGGGCAGUACACCCUGGAUGAAGCCGAUGGAACCAAGCGUAUCGUUGAUUACUACGCCGAUAGCAAGAACGGUUUUGAAGCCAAGGUCAAGAACAUUGGACAUGGUAUCCAGGAAGGUGGAUUGGGGGGUGGUUACGAAGGUGGUUACCACGGAUUGGGAUACAGUUACAGCAAGCUGAAGAAGUACAACUGAGCGAGAAUACCGAAACUAAUAUUGAUGAUGAAAACUGGAAAUCGUUGCUAA